ACUACUCGACGCCCUGAGCGUCUGCGUCUAUACGCGUCGUUAUCACUACCUAUUUUAUUUUUAUUCAUUUGAUCAUGCGUUGAUUAUCUAAUUCAGGCGGCUCUCUGAAAUUCUUUGCAGUUUCCUAGUGAUUAUCACAUAAUUUUAGCUCCAACUUUUUCAUUCGUUACUAGUUCAGGUGUUUUUUUUUCAAGAUUUCGUAUAGUUUUCCCAUAAUAAUACAGCCUGAAUUUAUCUUUUAAUUUGUACUGUCCUUAACUUUCACACAUCUUAUCCAAUAAUUGAACUCAACUUUGACAUGAUUUUAGUGAUUUUGUUAAGAUUUUCAAUACCGUAGUUUACAGCCAUCUAUUGAAGUUGUUAUCAGAGUAGGAUUUGUGUGUGUGUCUCAGUUCAAAUGUUUCUAAAAAUAUAUUCUCUCUUUUCAUAAGAAGAGCUAGAAAAUUUCCAUCUCCCAGAACAUAAUAAUAUUUCUAUAGAUUCCAUUUUCAAGCUGCAUUGUGUGAAUUAUGUAGUAGUUUUGUAAUAAAUCUGUUAAAGUGUAUGAAACAUUCAAGUUUCUCAUGGAACAUGCAAGAAAGAGUGUUAGUUUCAUGAAAAGAGUGAAAACGUUUUCAGAGAUGUGUUUGUGUAAGUGAUCAGAAAUAAUGUCAACAGGAUUAGAAGUUGAAGAGUGUCAUUCAUAUUCCAUGAGAAUGAUGUGCUGAUCUCGGGAGAAAUUCAGACUAAAUCAUGUUCACAUCCAUAAAUUGAUAAUUUGUGGAUUCAAAUCAGAGGAAAUUUACAUCUUUGUUGGAUUUUUUCAAGAGCCCAGCAACCAUGAAGCCCAUCAACCGUCAACCAGGUGGAGACGUCUAUAGGUUCUGCCGCGACUACCGGCUGACAACGCCACCUGGUGGCCACAAAGCGAACCACUCGUUCGCCUCUCAGCUGCAACCGGCGACUUGGACUCAGUCUGCCGCCGACAGUGCCGGAGUGAACAGCGGACGUGAUAGUGUCAGUGUCAGUGAAGUGCUAAACACGGGCGCGCAUAGGAGCGCUGUGAACGGGGGUGGCCCCGGACCCCUGCCACCCUUACCCCCCUUGUCGCCCCUACCCCACCAAGUGCCCACAACCCCCAUGGGAUCCACCACCAAACUCAUCACCGAUAACCGGUCCGCUAAGGUGCCAUGGUGUCACUGUUUACCCAGUCUAGGAACUGUGAUGGUGAUCCUAUCAGUCACAGCUAGUUUAGGAAAUAUAGUCAGGUUGCCAACCGUAGUCUUCCACAAUGGAGGAGGUACAUUCCUAGUAGUCUACACAAUCCUUGCCAUAGUCAUCGGUAUUCCUCUAGUCUUUUUAGAAGUUGUACUUGGUCAGUUCUGCCAGGAAGGAACGACUAAGCUAUGGAGAGCUGUUCCACUACUAAAAGGGGUGGGCCUAGUGAAGGUGCUCACUUCAUUCCUGAUAGCCAUUUACUACCCUGUGAUAAUGGCUAUGUCACUAUUCUAUGCCAUUUGGACAGGGAAAGGCCCGGUACCUUUCACAGAAUGUGACUACCUCCCUCCGCGGGGUUCACCACCUCAAAUGGAUGGUGAAAUAUGCCUUCAAGAGACUUUCUUGAAACCACCUGACCAAGAUCCAGUAUGGUUUGGAGUUGAUAUAGCUCUCCUCUUUAUGCUUUGGGCAUUGAUUGUCCUAUGUGUUUCGAGAGGAACUCGGUCUUACAAGGUGUGCGCAUUUUUCACAUUCAUUCCAACGGUUGUGGGAGUGAUUGCUCUGCUCUCUCAGGAGCUCACCAUCAGCUCCCAGGGUAUCAAUGAGUUGCUUCUCUUCGACUGGAAGUAUCUCUUCACGUUUGAUACUUGGUACUAUGCACUAAUACAACUGUUCUUCUCUACACACAUUGGAUUUGGAAAUAUAACCACUUGUGCAGGAAGACUCUACUCAAAAAGCAACGCGUUCUGGACUGCAGUUCUUUACAUGUUAUGCAACUUGGCCGUGGGUAUUUCGUUCGUAUGCAUAAUAUAUCUAUGGAUUGGGCGCUUGGAAACCAAUGGAAUCAAACUAGUCUGGCCGCAGAUCCCAGAGCUGUUUGUCAUCACUCUCCUUUACGAUGUGACAACUCAUGUAUUUGGAGAGACUGCUCAGAUUUGGGCAAUUAUCAGCUUCCUUGUAAUCAUUUUUGCGGGACUUAACAGUAUGGUGGUUGUAGUUUUCACAGUGGUAGAAUCAAUCAUGAUUGAGACAAAAGACCGAUGGAGGUCCUGGAUGAUAACUGCAGGAGUAUGCGCAGUUGGAUUCUUGGCUGGCAUCAUCUGCUUACUUCCAGUUCGCAUGGAACUGGUGCACAUGCUUGAUCACUACGUGAUAGGCCACAUGGUGGCAGCAUCCACCGCCCUGGAGCUGAUAGGUUUCGCCUGGAUCUAUGGCUCUUUCGCGCUCUACAGCGAUUUCGAAUUCGUUCUCGGACAGAAGUUGAAUCCCAUCUGGAGCGCUGUUUGGUUCCUCACUCCUAUUGUACUAGUUAUAUUCGAGAUCUGGUCGCUAGUGACCCUACCAGUGAGCUCGCAACACGACGCGCAGUGGCUGCAGGUGAUGGGUUGGGUGUUCUAUGCCGCCAGCUGGUGCAUUGUUAUAGUAGUAGCCCUCUGGCAGGUCUUCACACAGGUCGACUACAAUAUUGCCCAGAAACUGCUGAGCACGCUGAAACCGUCUCGCAACUGGGGUCCGGUGGACCCCAUCUACCGACACGGCUGGGUGGUGUGGCGCGGCCAGAGUAGCGUCGGCGGCGAACGCGACUUCACGCUGAAGCGACGCGGCACGCGCGACUACACGCACAGUGUGAAGCGGGCGCACUCCAACCCCAAGGGCGCAUCACGCUACCACGCGCCCAGUAGCGCCGGAUCCAGUCCUGGUGCGCUACAUACUUUAUCAACAAGAUCAACCAAGGGUGAUCACCCGCCUUUCAAUGACCUUCACACGACGUCAAGGUCAGCCAAGGGCGAUCAUCCACCCUUUGUCGUGCAGCUGCCUCCCAACGACCUUGACGAACACGUGUGCUGGCGCAAGGACACACGACACGUCAACGGCAAAACGUGACAUAAGGCCAAGGUGGCUGAUGUGAACUCUUUCAUUUAGGUACAUGUGUUUCAUCAACGGAGAACGGUGAAGUCUUCCAUUUGAGGACAUGUGUUUCAUUAACGGAAAACGGCGAAUUCUUCCUUUUAAGGACAUGUGUUUCAUUAACGGAAAACUGUGAAGUCUUCCAUUUGAGGACAUGUGUUUCAUUAACGGAAAACGGCGAACUCUUCCUUUUAAGGACAUGUUUUUCAUUGACAGAAAACUUUGAAGUAUUCCAUCUAAGUACGUGUUUUAUUCCUAGAAGGAAAAUUUAUAUGGUAGCUAAGGUAGCUAAUGUGAACUCUUUUAUUAAGGUACAUCAAUGGAACACGGUGAGGUUUUCCGUUUGAGGAUAUGUGUUUCAUAAACGGAAAGCUGUGAAGUAUUUCAUUAAAGUACGUGCUUCAUUUACAGAGAAGGAAAAUUCAUUAAGUAGCCAAGGUGGCUGAUCUGAACUCUUUCAUUUAGAAACAUAUGGCACAUUAAUGGAAAACAGCGGAGUUGUUCAUUUAACGACUUGGGUUCAUACGAAGGGGGAAAUAUUGUGACAAUGUUGAAUUAUGUGAAAUCUUCCAUUUAGGGACAUAUAGGGACAUUUAGCAGAGUAUUCCAUUUGAGGACUUGUGUUCAUACGAGGAAGAAAAUAUUGUGACAAUGUGAAUUAUGUAAACUCUUCCAUUUAGGAACAUGUGUUAUAUUAAAAGAAAUUUAGUAUGAAGGGAAAUAAGGUGGGCGAGUUGACUGAUGUAAACCAUACCAUUCAAGGACAUGUGUUUCAUUCACGGAAAUAAGUUUAUUCAAGAGAGGCUGAUUCGACUGAUGUGAACUAUCCCAUUUAGUAACAGUGUUACAUUACAGAGGUGGGCUUCAUGAACGCGGAAAUGGUAUGAUAGUUACUAGAGAUACAAAAGAUAUCAAGUGCAUUGAAUAAUGAAUGUUUUUAAACGCUGAAUAUAUGCUUUUAAUAUACCAACUUCAUAUGAGACUGGAUAAUAGUGGUAAAAUGAACUCAAAAAGAAGAUAAUCUAAUAUAAAUUCGGUAAUUUAGGAAAAUGUAUCCGAGAUUAAUACGAACUCUCAACCUCUCAAGUGUAUCAGAUAGGCAUAAUUCGUCGUUAUAAAUACUGAAAUAGUUUUGAAGUCAAUAUUGAACUUAAUAAUCAAGUAAAAAUGGAAUAAGAUGAUAGUUCAGUGAGGAUCAGGACAGUAAUUCAAAGUGCAGGACCUAGAUUGAAAAAUCCAUUGAAUUAUUGUAUGGAUCGAAUGGUGAAUGGGAGAGAGCUCUAGCUUCAUAAAUGUAUUCUUACUAUCUGUAGUUAUUCUGUACACUGUAAUAUUCUGUGGUAGCUCCAAGUAACAAUACAAGUGAAUUGUAAAGUUGCAUUUUCACUCUUAUCGAAUAUUAAAUAGAAGUAAAUAUUAGAGAUAUUCUAAAUAUUCCCUAAAAUAAUCAGUUGGCUAGAUUUCAUUGAAAGAUAAACGACCUGUCAAAUUCCAAUCUAUGUAAGAUGAUGUAAUUCAAUGAAUAUUAAUAGCAUUUGGUUGCAUUAUUUCUAUGAAGCUACAUCAAUUCAUGCUGAUAAAAUUUAACAAAAUUCAAGUACUCCAUCGUUUGUUUUUAGUUAAUACUGUAACAAGUAAGUGAAAGUUCUUGAAUAAGUUUGUAAACUUCUAAGAGACACUUCGUUAUAAAUGGAGAUACGGUACUCCUGAAAACUUGUAAAUGAUGUGACACAUGUUACCAACUGUACAAAUUGAAGAUUGUCGAGUAGAUCAUAUCAGGAGAAUACUGCAAGGAAACUUGAGAAUCCUUAGCGGGAACUUGGAGAAAGUUUAAAGUUUUCUGUGCUACGUACACUUCACUGUAUAAUUCAACAAUGUUGGGAAGAAAUUCUGUAUACCCUAUGCCAGUGUAUCAAAGAUUUUUGAAUAUGUAAGACUAUAUAAAUAUAUUACAGUAUAACAUCUCUACAUGAAAGUUUUCAAUUAUAUGAAAAAAAAUAAAAUUUAGUGUGUGUCUAUUGUGAUUUGCAUCACAAUAAUAAUGUAGGGAGUGAUAGACGUUUUAUACAAUCAGAUUAACCAAAUUAAUCCUCCUUAUAAAAUUAAAAAUUUAUAAGUCAAACAUAAUUCAAGUUUGAUUCAUUUUAUUUAUGAGUUAAACUUUUUUGAUAAAAGUUCUUUGGUGAGCUCACGGAAAAAUAGAUUAGACUAUUCCAUUAUAAUUGGCAACAAAUUAUAUUGGUUUUCAAAAUGAUGUAGUUGUAAUUUUGAAGCUUUAUCGAUAUAAGGUUCAACUAAUAGUAGCCAAAGAUUCCAGUAGAAAAUCUUGACUGUAAUUUAGAGAAAUUUCGAAAAAAAGAAAAAAGUCCUCCAUUUUCACAAGAGGAUUAUGCAUUAUUAACAUGAAUCUAAGGUAAAUAGAGUAAAUCGAAUUCCAAUUACCUUGAUUCGUGCAUUAUUCAAUUCCCAUAAAAAAACAGCCAAACAAAAAUCUCAAAAUAUAACAGAAGUAAUAUUUUUUCAAUAGCUUCCAUUUAUCAAUAAAAAUGUUUGAACCAUCCCUAUCUCACUAACACUAUAUUUUAUAUUCUCAGAGAGUAAUUUCUAUUAAAUUUUUAUACUUGAAAUAACUUUAGUUUUGUUCAACUAAUUUAUUCUAUCUCUUCUACUGUAUUGUUUAGUUGAAGCUCAUCUUGCAUUUUUUGUGAUCUUAUUUAUGACAAAUACCAAUUUAUGACACUAGAAACACAUCUUAUCUGCAAUAUUUUAUUUAGUGACAAGCUAAUUUUUAUGUUACAUUUCAAUGGUAUUAGGAGCAAUUUUUGUUGGAAAUUUCGUUCAACACCUCUUAUUAUUAAUUAUAACAAGACAGUAUUAUUUUAAUUUUUAGUAAACUAUAGAGCUUGAAUUCCUUAAUGAUAAGAGCAACUUCAUUUUUUUAAAUAGUGUUUUUGGUACUAUGUUGCAUUCGGUAGCAUGUUUGUUUUCUGAUCAAUUACUUUUAUACAAAAAACAAAUUUUAAAAUGCUACAUUAAUUUCAUUCUCCAUUAACUUACUUGCUACUAGUUGAUGAAACACUUUCACAAUGUCAUAUAUCAGUCUACAUUUUUGUAUUCUAUCACAAUAUUUCUUUGUCAAAUUCUGGAGAAUUAUUGCUCAUAAUAUUAAGGUGCCAUCCAUACUAAAAAGGUGAAAAUGAACUGUUUUAAUUUUUUAAUAACCAUAAAUUUAACAAAAAUAGUGAUAGCAAAAAAAGGCUUUUACUUAUUUCAAUUCUUAAUAAACUUUAAGAAGCUUCUUAAAAACCAUUUAGGAGUUAUUUUUUCAAAUUAAUGAAUUGUGGUUUUGAAGAUACUACUCGAUUGGAAUAAAUAAGGAAUAACUUUCUGAAGUUAUGUUUUUUGUUUGUUCACGGAAUUAUAAGCUGUGGCUCAUUUUAUUUCAUUAGCGAAAGAAUUGCUCAUUUUUUGUUGUUUCUGUAAAUAUAUAGUGUAAUAAAUUAGUUCUGUUACUACUUUGUAAUUAUAAAAAGAGUAUUGAAUGUACAUUUAAUCGAUGAUUUUUAAGUGAAGAACUAGGUUAAUUUCAAAUUGUAUAAUAUAUUUGUAAAUAAAAUAUAAUUAAUA